ACAAAGAAACUUGCAUGACUUCGUCUCAGACUUUCCAGUCUGGGGAAGAUGUGAAAGACGAAGCUGAAGACAGGAAAUGUCGGUUUCACCGACCCGGGAGUGAAUUCGGCGCUGUGAUUGGCCAGGUUGACAGCGUUUUUGUAGUGAACAAAUCUUUCAAACUUCGAGGCUGUGUGUGGGGUCAGUUCGGCGAUAUGGCGGUUAAAAGCUCUCUUGUUUUAGCCUGUAGGGAUUAAUGUCCUCCCGCUGAACGUUUAACAGAGCAUAUCAAAUGGCUGCAAAGAAUCCAAAUCCUCAGGAUAUUGGUGAAUUUGAUCGUAUCCGGAAGGAAAAUGCAGUGCUCCGAGAUGAACUUGUUAACAUGCGCGAAGAAAUCUCAAGUGAACGACACACUCAUGAACAGUUGUUGAAAAGCUUUCAAGUUCGACACAAUGAAGAUUCGAGGAAACUACGGGAGGAGAAGAAGCUCACAUCGAAAUUAGCGGAGGAAAAUGGAGAACUUCGGUUGGAGCUUAAAGCUUUUAGGGAGCGUUCUCUGGCAAAUGGAAGGGAUCACGAAAAGUUACAGGGGUCAGAUGUAAACGAAAGAUUGUUCCAGGAACUCAGUGCUAUGGGGAAACGGCUUGGAUUACUGCACAAUGAUUUACUCUCAAGUCCUGCUCUGAAAAAUUUGGAUGGAAGGCAUGCUGCCAAACGAGAAGCUGGAUCUGUUGUGAAAGACCCCUUAAAGAAACUAGGCACAGAACUGAUGAGCUUAAGAGCCCUACUAACAGCAAAAUCAAGCAUCAGGCUCAAUGGAGUUACAUUACCAGAUCAUAGAGAAGUUAAGACAAAUGGUAUGGCUUCAAAUUCAGUGAGUGGUAAUCAAACAAGUCUACCACCAGAUGACUUAGUCCAUCUCACUGGACCAAUCACAGAAGCUGCACUUCUGGGAGCUCUUCAACAAAGAAGUGCUGCAGCUGAAAAUUAUACAAAUUUAGGUUCUGUGAUGAUUGCUAUGAAUUCAUUUGAUCGAGCUCAGUCCAGAACAGGCCUGCCUCAGAGUUUCUCUGAUAAUCAAAGACUACAGACAGUUAUUCAAAGAGUGACAAGGAAGUUGGCUUAUUCCAGUGCUCCACAAGUUAUUGUUCUAAGUGGGAGUGGAGGUAGUGGGAAGACAUUCACAGCCCAGGCUCUUGUCCAUCAUCUGUUAGAACAGGCUGGGGGAGGAAUGGAUUCUGAUAUCUGUAAGCACUUUCUGGCCUCUGUAGCUGUGAUCCAAUCUCUAGGAAACGCAAAGACCCCAACAAACUCAGAUUCCUCCAGAAUGGGGGCUCUUUUUGAAUUCCAUUUGUCUGAUGGUUUGAUAUCGAGAACCAAACUCCAGUGCUAUCUCCUUGAUUCUACAAGAGUCGUAUGUCCACCAGAGAAGGAAAGAAAUUUUCACAUAUUUUAUCAGCUGUUAUAUGGGAUCACUCAGGAGGAAAGAGUUAAGCUUCAUCUUCAAGGCUACAGUGUGCACACUUUGUCUUACCUGAGUAGCAGUCCCAUUCCUUACAAUGAAGAUGAGGAAGUGUUCAGAGCUAAAUUUGAGCAGUGGAGGGGAGCUCUGGCCUCUCUGGGUAUCCCUUUUGUGGAUGUUCUCAGAAUUUUAGUGGCAAUUCUUCUACUUGGAAAUGUAGAGUUCGUUGAUGGUGAAGGUCUUGAACUUGAUGUCAAGGGAAAUAAUGAAAUCAAAGCUGUUGCUGCUCUUCUUGGUGUUUCUGGGGUUUCAUUGUACAGAGGUCUGACCACAAAAACCAAGAAUGUGAGAGGGCAGAUUCUUAGAUCGCUGUGUGACUCUGUUACUGCAAAUUCAAACAGAGACAGUCUUGCCAAGGCACUGUACUGCAGGACAGUAGCUGCUAUUGUCCGACGAGUCAACAGCUACAAGAGACCUGCAAGUCUGAUGUCAGUGUCACCCCAAGGAUCUUAUGAGUCAUUGCGGGCUGCAUCCAGUUCUCCUGGAUCAAAUGGGUCUCUGGGUAAAAGUCCACUUACCUCCAGCAAUGGUUUGCUAAUGGCAUCACUUCCUGUGAUUACUCCCCCAUCCACUCCCAGCCUGGAUGGUAGUUUCCAGUUCACCAAGGGAGCCUCUGGACUCAUCGGCAUCAUUGAUAUGUUUGGCUUUGAAAACAGUGAGGUGAAUCAACUUGAACAGCUCUGUGUAAAUCUGUGCUCUGAAACAUUACAGCAUUUCUACAACACUCAUAUAUUCAAGAGCAGAGAAGAGUACAGCAGGGAAGACGGUGUUCUUUCAGAUUUUGGAGUGGAUUACUUUGAUAACGCUCCGUGCAUUGAGCUACUCACUUGCCAGCGUGCUGGGAUUUUAACAGUGUUGGAUAAAGAAAGCUUAUUCGCAAGAGGAAGCUACCAGAACUUCUUACAAAAAGUAAAGGGACAGCAUAAAGACAGCGAUAGCUUUUUUGAUCCAGAUCCCGAGAGUUCGUGUUUUGGAGUAUCGCACUACAAUGGAAAUGUCGUAUAUGAUGCCAGCUCUCUUCUUAACAUCAACAGAGACUCAAUUAAUGAUGACAUUAUCUGUGUGUUCUCAAGACAGAACUGUAAUUUUGGUUUCGCUACGCAUCUUUUCACCAAUGAUUUGAAACCUCAGCAAGGACAGACAACUGCUCCCAAGGGGGUGCUUUACAGGAUAUCACCUACCCCUGCUCAGGAGGCGCAAAGCCCCGCAGGAACAGCUGAUGCUCCUCUUCGUACAUUUUCUCAAGGAUUUCAGGAAAAAAUUGAUGGUCUCCUCAAAACCCUGGUUCAAGCGCAACCGACAUUUGUGAGAUGUAUAAAGAUAAAUACCCGUGAGGAGCCAUAUUCCUUCGACCGUGGAAUUGUCAGUCAGCAGAUUCGAGUGUUGCAGAUAUUCGAGACUCUUCAACUGUUACAGUCAGCCCUCGCUAAUCGCAUUCGACUUGAAGCAUUCGCCAAGAAAUAUAGCUUUGUCUCGCCGCGUAAAGUCCGGGGUCUGGAGGAGACUGGGUAUGAGGAUUGCAAAGAUAUUCUGGAGACGCUGAUGAGAAAAGUUGACAAGCCCAAUAAUGACGUCAUGUUUGGCUCUUGGGUACUGGGAAAGAGAUACGUUUUCUACAGUGAGGUUGUGAAGCAAGAAUUGGACAAAUUAUACGAAGAAAGAAAAGUGAAGGCCGCUGUGACGAUCCAAUGCUGGCUCAGGAGAUGGAUCUGUCGAAAGAGAUGGCCAAACCUAAAACGUUCAUUGGAACUUCAGAGAAAAGGCCGGCAGGGUAGCAAAACUAAUCACAGUCUUGUUCGCAGAUCAGUUUCCCCGUCGGAUGAGCUUCGGGUUGACACGAAGGCUGCCGACCAGUCAUGCUGUCUCUUCGGAAUCGAUAUGGAGACUCCCCCACCUUUGCCUAAAAGCCGUCCGUAUACUGUGCUAGGAAAUAUGAAGAUGGGGUUCCCACAAAAUCGUAUCAUGAAAAUGGAUUAUCCAGAUGACGGAAGCGAAGUUCUCCUGAAGAAAGGAGAAGUUGUAAAGGUGGUUCGGGCAUCAGAAAAAAGAGGUUAUCUGGUUAUAGAGCACAGAGGCGCAACAGUUCACUUACCUUUUCAGGUUAUGGAGCUUAAGAAUUCUCCGAACCCUUCACCGAGGUGACCAGGAUACAGUGAUAAGUAAAGACAAGUUAAGCUAUGGAAAUGUGAUUGAAGCUUGUUGGAGAGGGUUUAGCUUAUUACGUCAGCUAUCCGUUCUAAUCUUAGAAAGCAGAUAGGACUAUGGCCCUCAUAAGCAGAACACCGCAAAGUUACGAGCAUGAACUCUAUUGAAUAAAAGGAAACGCAUCACUCGCAAAAACCUUGUCUUUUGAAAGCGCGUGAAGUAACACACGUGAUGUGCACGUGGACAUCGGCAUUGUGUCGGGAGUUAUUUACAAUUGGCUAGUGCUGAAGAUGGUUAAUCUGUGUACCUAUCUAUCAGUUGAAAAUCAACAGUUACAAUGAUGCAAGUACAGAAGUGGACAUAGCGCAGCAUUUCUUGUCAGAUAAAAUUUACGAUAGCAUCUUGCUGAAGAUUUAUAUAUGUAUAUAGGGUGACAAUGUAUUUUAAGCUCUGUGAGUUUUUACAACCAUGGUGUAAACCUUGACGAAUGAUUUUGUGGAAUGAUUUUUCUUCCUAAGUGAAAAUACUGUUGAAAAAUAGGAAUAUUUUUGUAACGUAUGAACAAAGCAUUUAAAGCUACCUGUUGUAUGGUUCUUUUCUGAGUGACUACGUGGGCGCGUGGACGCGUGGCGGUGUAUCUGCCGACUCGCGUGGUUACGUGGUAGUUAACGAGUUACGUGGGAGUUUGUUGACUCCUUGUAUUCAAAUCUGUUUUUCCCGCACAAAACGCCAAGAGACUAGAAAUCUUUCAUUCGCGAAACGUCGUGUCGAAGAACACCAACUGAUCUGAAGUUUGUUUAAUUUUAGGGUGUCUUAGACAGAUAUCAGUUUUAAGCCCGGUAGCGAUUAACCCCUUUACUCUUAAUACCAUUUCUCCUCACUGUUUUCCUUAUGUUUCUUGUAGUAAGGCCUGAGAAAUUGGUGUUUGAUCAAACACUCAUUUCCUACUGAUGUUUAUAUUUGUUCUCAUCGCCUUUCUUUUUCGGUAAUGUGUCGAUAUUGUGGGAAGAAACUUCUCAGUUUUUACUGCUGCGAAUAAUUUCAGCCAGUGGUAGUCUCUUUUUCGGUUUGAUAGCCUAAGAAUUGACCAUGCCCACUUUGAAAUGUUCUCGUGGCCUGUUAUUCUCGCUUUCUCAAACAACUUGAAAAUCUGUCAUUUCUUAGAACUGGUGAGUUUUAUUGCGUAAGGUCGGUGCAGUUUGCUUUUGUUUAAGCU